AUGCAAGGCCCUGACACACAAGGGCCGUUGUCGCCCUCUUUCACAUCGUUCUGCUCCCCCGAAGGCAUCGCAUUCUGCCGCAAUGUUGCAUCGAAGAACUUGCCGUGGGACCCACACGACUACCAACUCGAGGGGGCUUGCAAAGCCUUGGACGGCACCGACGUCUUCGCAAUCACGCCUACGGGAUCAGGGAAGACGGGCUUUUUGCUUGUCUACAUCCUCGUGGCUCAGGCUAUCGCAAAUGACCCGGCGCUGUGCCCGGAAGCCUUACGGACGCGCUUCAAACCGGACCCGUGCAUGCUCGUUAUCUGCCCUACAAAAGCACUGGAGCAUGACAUGUUUCAGGCUGCAGGCCUCAGUACUCUAGUGAUCAACGCAAACACCACAAAGGCGGCGCUCGCGACGCGGCGAGAGGGCAGCCUUUGGAAGGUUGCUUGUUCGAAGAAGGCGGUGAUUCUUCUGUCGCCAGAGCAGCUCGCUACGCCUGGAUUCUCCUUCCUCGUCAAUGACCCUGCCUUCGCGGCGCGCAUCAUGGCUCUGAAUGUCGACGAGGCCCAUCUGCUGGACAGCUGGGGGCACAAUUCCGACCGCUCUUUCGGGAGAUUGGGAACGUUCGCGCUCGGGUGCCAGGGAACCCCGUUCUCAUCGCGUUAA